AUGCCCAGGGUGUUGAAGACCUCCACGGCUCACCUUCAUCCCCGAAACUGGGGCCAACUUAUCCAGAGUCGUCGACGCUCAUUUUGGAUUGCGCUCACGACACUUGCGCUCACAAUUUACUUCCUUACUCAUGAGGGUCGAACACAGUUCAAGAGAUACGCACCAUCCCUAUCGACAGCGGAUACGGAUUAUCCACCAGAUUACACGAAGCUGUUCGAGUGGGAGAUGAACCUGCCACAACACAACCUAUCGCUACCGUUCCCGGAGGGAAAGACGGGGAGAUAUGUCAUUUUCAAAAACCAGAUCCAGAUGCUGGGAUACAACAACCAGCUUAACGAAAUUCUGAUGAACACCUGGCUUGCGUACAAGUCAAAACGAGCCUACGUCUGGCAAGACUUCUAUUGGAACCCCAAGCACUACCCAUGGCCAGAGCACAAGCACAGAGAACCACUGCCUCGCACACCGCUCAACGCGCUCAUCACCGGACCGUCGGCUGGUGGACCAUGGGAGCCAGGAGACAACGCCCCGCGCUCGAUCUCGGAGGCCUGGUAUCAUAUCGUCUGCCCACGAAACGAAGUGAAGCUGCUGAACACACACGACAUCAAGCCACCCGUCUGGUUCGAGGACGGCAAAAUCAUCUUCGACCAUUGGCAAAAGGUCCUUACUGACGCGCCCGAGCGCUGCAUCGAGAUCCACGGGGCCGACUUCUCAGAGGAUGGAAAUCCACAGGUAUUCGACCUAUUUCUGUGGGGCGGACCUCGUGUUCUGAGCUUGUGGGAGGAUUUCAAGAACUCUCCUGUCAGUCGCCUGCUUUCAACUUCGCCCCUCGUUCAGGCUGCGGUGGACAAGAACAAGUACCUCUUCCUGCCUCGCGGCCCACGGCCUGCGGGACCUGCGUCGAACAAUCCAUUCGACCGCAUGCUGGCCAUCCAUCUCCGUCGCGGCGACUUCAAAGAGGCUUGUCUUGGCUUCGCUAACUGGAACUCGACCUUCUACAGCUGGGAUCUGCUUCCCGAGCUUCCGGACCCGUUCAUCAACCCUCCAGCCCCGAACUACGAGUGGGGGAAGAACGAGCCGCAGAACAUCGAGUAUUAUAUGAAGCGCUGCUAUCCGGACGACCAGACGAUCUUGGAGAAGGUCAAGAAGGCCAGGGAAGAGUAUGUCCGCGCUGCAAAGCCAGGGGAGUUCCGUCAGCUCGACGUUCUCUUCAUCCUCUCGAACGACAAGACAGGCUGGGUAGAUGGCCUCAAGACAAUUUUCAAAGAUGAUGGAUGGCAUACGGUUGUUACGACGAGGGAUCUAGAGCUGUCUCAAGCUGAGAAGGAUAUUGGAAUGGCUGUGGAUAUGGACCUGGCGCGGUUGGCGGCUGUUUUCGUCGGGAAUGGGUGGUCAUCAUUUACGAGCAACAUUGUUCAUAGACGACUGGUGGACGGAAAAGAACCUAUUAGUAUCCGAUUCUUCUAG